AUGCAUGAGUGGCGGCGAGCAGCCACGGAAGAAGAGGGACAGUGGCAGCCCCGUGGGCUCCUGCUGGAUGGGGUUGUUGGGACCCCCGUAAACCGGAUCCCCAUCAUGGCCAAGCAAGUGCUGGAUCUCUACACGCUCUAUCGGCUGGUGACUGAGAAAGGGGGCCUGGUGGAAGUCAUCAAUAAGAAGAUCUGGCGGGAGAUCACCAAAGGCUUGAAUCUGCCCACCUCCAUCACCAGCGCAGCCUUCACGCUCCGCACACAAUACAUGAAGUACCUCUACCCUUACGAAUGUGAGAAACGGGGGCUGAGCUCUCCCGGAGAGCUGCAAGCCGCCAUCGACAGCAACCGUCGGGAAGGGAGGCGGCAGAUGUUCGGGGCCACCCUGUUCAGCUACUCGCCAACAGGCACACCGGGCACUCUCGCCUCUCCCAAGGUCCCUCUGCCCGCCCUCGCCCUCGCCACCCACAACGGGAGCCAGAUCGGGCAAGCCCACGCCGUCAAAAAAGGUGAGGAGAGCCUCCUGUCCCCCGGGGUGCCCAGCCGCAUCGCUAUACCUGUCAGCCUAGCCGGGCAUCACCUGGUGGCAGCACAAGCCGCUGCAUCUCAGGCAGCUGCCCUGGAGCAGUUGCGGGAGAAGCUGGAGACCAGCGAGCCCCCAGAGAAGAAGAUGGCGCUGGUGGCUGAAGAGCAGCAGCGCCUGGUCCAGCAAGCUCUUCAGCAGAACCUCUUGGCCAUGGCCUCCCAGUUCCCGGUCAACAUCAAGGUCAACAGCCGUGGAGAUGACAGGCAGGAGACUGCAUUGAAUCUGUCCACCAACAGCAUUAGCAGCAUCAACAUGUCAAUAGAAAUAAAUGGAGUUGUCUACACAGGUUUCGGAGUCAAUCCAGGCACUGAGGGGGAAGCUGGAUUGUGGCACUCAGGGGAAUGA